UGAUCUCGCCAGGCGGAACUGCAGCAGAAUCAUCGGAAGUUCUGCAGGUAUUGUGAAGAAACAAGAGGAUAAAUGGCUGAUCAUGGAAAUAAGUGUUAUGUUCCAGGCUGUGCAGGGGAAGUGAGCACUUUACACACCCUUCCCGCAGAGCAAAACUGUCAACAGGCAUGGCUGAUGUUUGUUUAUAACCGGAUUCCGCAACACUUUAAUUCAAAGUUGUUAGUUUGCUCUGCUCAUUUCACCACGGACAGCUUCUCUAAUCUGGGACAGUAUCAGGCAGGAUUCGCUCGGCGUUUGACUCUGAAGAAGGGGGCAGUUCCUACUAUACUGCCGCAUGCAAGUACAUCACUGCCCCUGCGUACAAAUGAUGUAGGCUGCCAAACAGAUGGUCCUGUCCACCUUGAAAACAAAGGCGUACAGGUGACAGUGUCGUCUCAAAGUGUGGCGGUAGGCACCACAUCUACUGAAAUGUCAUGGGCCACAAAACAUCCAUUUACAUCGACACCACUGAAGGCUUCAAGGCCGGCCAAAAGAGCCCGUGUUGAAUUGGAGGAGGAUGAGGAAAUGGGCAAUGUUUCCUCAUACGAUCCUGCACGUGCCACAUCAAUGCCAGUCCAUAAGGAUGCGAAGUUCAUCGUUUUUGAAAAAUGCCUCCUUAGCCUGUUCGAGAGUUGUCCUGUUUGCACCAGGGCUUGUAAUGUCCGCCCACACAGAAGAGGGACCUUCAUAGCCGUGGACCAGCUGUGCCCUCACUGUGAGUUCUUCAGGCAGUGGAGGAGUCAGCCUGUGGUCGGCAGCACUCCUGUGGGCAACCUUCAGCUGUCUGCUGCCAUCUACUUCAGCGGAGCUUCCUUUCUGAAGAUGCAGAAGGUGUUCAGGGCGAUGUACUUGAAAACGCAUACAUACGAUGCUUUUAGAAGGCAUGCCAGGACAUACCUUGAACCUGCUAUCAUCCACAAGUGGAAAGAGGAGCAAAGUUUGCAACUGCACUACCUGAGCCAGAACAACAACGUCAUUCUUGGUGGUGACAUGCGAGCAGACUUGUCAGGACAUUCUGCAAAAUAUGGGAGCUACACCCUGAUGAACUUGCAGAACAACAACAUUAUAGACAUACAGCUGGUGCAGAGCAGCGAGGUCAGGGGAAGAGUCCACAUGGAGAAGGAGGGCCUUCGAAGAAGCGUGGAUCUCCUGGAGGAAAGCGGUGUGAAGCUGGACUGUGUCGUCACUGACCGUCACCCCCAGAUACGACAGGUCCUAAAGCAUCGUAAAAUCAACCACUGUUAUGACGUCUGGCGCAUGGUGAAAGGACUGUCAAAGAAGCUGGAGAACAUUUCCAGAGAGAAGGAGUGUAGUUUGCUGAAGAAGUGGCGUAAGAGCAUCACCAACCACCUGUACUGGUCUGCCACCAGCUCUGAUUCAGGACCAGAGAGGGUAGCCAAGUGGACCUCUAUCAUCAACCACAUUCAGGACAUUCACACACAUCCUGACCCAGCGUUCCCUAGGUGUCAGCAUGAACAAAGGGUGUCGAAGGACCGUAGCAAGUGGUUUCAACCAGGUUCGACAGCACUGAAUAGGCUACAUAAGGUCCUGAUGAACAAGAGAGUACUUUCAGACGUGAAGAAGCUGAGCCCACAUGACCAGACAUCACCUGUGGAGUCAUUUCACAAAGUCCUCUUGCAAUUUGCACCCAGAAAUGUUGUCUUCCCCUUCACCGGGAUGCUAUGCAGGUUGUACCUCGCAGCGAUGCACUUUAAUGAGAACGCCGUCCGCCCACAAAAGACAUCUAGAGGGAAACUUUUGCACAAGCUUCUCUUUCCAAAGGCCAAAAAGAGAGGACGUGCGGUCAGACGAGUAAAAACACGGCCAACAUUCUGCUAUGCCAUCAACUUGAUGAAUGCAGUUUUUGAAGAGGAUGUCCGUGAUCUUCAUACAGCGGAUUCCUGUGUCUCCGGACCCGUCCGCUCGGGAUGACACUAAUCACACUACAGCAGCGGCGGAGGAGGAAACAUGACACUGACUAUAUGGACGUGGAAAAGUGGUUUCUAUACUAUAUUUUGGUUGUCUGAAUAAAUCUACUUUGAAAUCA